AUGCCCAAAGCAUUCCUGCUGCUGUGUGUGGCCCUGGUGCUACUCGGGUCCAUCCAUGGAGACACAUUGAGAAACAAAGAGCAGUGGAAGCCACUCAACAAGCCCAGAAACGGAGAUCUGUUUUUCAGAACGCUCCAGGCAUAUCUUAAGGGAAGAGGCCUUGAUCUUGAAAGGUUUCCAAGGACUUUGUCCCUGAACGAAGAAGCCAGGCCUCUCUCUUUGCAACCAGACCUCCUUGCCUCUGCACUUGCCGAUUUCGAAGAGCAGAGAAACUCCUUUCCCGAUUACCUCGAAGGCUGA